AUGGAGGCUUCAGGCGCCUUAGUCAUGGGGGAAGGAGUCAAGAACAUCAUAUCGGCGGUGGUGGAUGCGCAAGCGAGCCAACAGGACCGAGGUCUGGAGAGACUGGUGACAAACCUGCGUGCAAGCAUGCGGGCUCAUGUAGCAGAGGAGAGAAAGAGGGUAAGGGCGACCAUGGAGCACCUGGAAAGGAAAGUGGAUGGUCUCCGAUGGAGGGUGAUGGCGGACUCGUCUUCGCAAGCCUUGUACGAGGAGCUGGUUAAGAGUGAAGCGGCCUUGAAACUCUACCAGGACCACAAUAAGGAGAGACUGCAGAUCAUAUCAGGGCUGCUGCUGGAGCUGGCGGGAGAGACCCCGUCAGGCUUCCUGUCGGGGUUAGUCAAAUCGAGAAAGGCGAAAACGGAAAUAAUGGAGCUGAACUUCAAAGGGGUGCUGAGGAAGGGGGCAAGAGAGGUGUUGCAAGCGACUUCAGAGCAUUACAGAGAGGCCUAUGCUGCGUCACCUCUGCAUCAAGCCCAAGAACCGUGGCCGAUAGAAGAGGGAAGGAAGUUACAUGAGAGCGACCGGUCACAGUUGGACAAGGAGUGGUCAGAGGAAGAGGUGAAGGCAGCGCUCAAGGGCUUACCGGCAGGGAAGGCCCCGGGGCAGGACGGUUUACCGAAAGAGUUCUUCGAGCGUAACUGGGAGCUGCUCGGACCGGCGGUGAUGAGGGAGGUCAGGGACUUCGAGGCGUCUGGGAAACUCUCGGAGGCUUUCACAACGGCGGUCACAAUCUUACUGCACAAGAAAGGGGAUAGAGGAGAUCUGAGCAACUACAGGCCAAUCACACUGUUGAGCUUCUUUUACAAACUGUUGGCGAAGGUGCUGGCGAACAGAAUCAGAAUGGUCUUACCACGUGUGAUCUCGGAAAACCAGUUUGGUUUUCUUCCGGGCAGGAGCCUCGCUGAAGCGGUCUCGCUGGUAGCGGACGCGAUCGACGCUGCGAAGCAGGAAGAUGAGGAUUGGCUGCUGCUGUUGGUAGACUUCCAGAAAGCCUAUGAUUCUGUGUCGCGCGAGUACCUGUUCACAACGCUGGGCAACAUGGGGUUUUCGAGAAAAUUCACGGGGUGGGUGAAAGGUCUUCACGAUGGCGCGGCAACCAAGGUGAUGCUGAACGACUGGAUAGGGGAGCAUGUGGAGAUGGUCAAAGGGGUGCGGCAGGGUUGCCCGCUCGCCCCAUACCUGUUCCUCUGCGCGGUUGAGCCACUCUGCCAAGAGAUUGAAAGGAGGAAGUUGGGGGUCCGGAAAAGAGGGGUGAAGGGGGAGUUAGCCUACAUCGGAUACGCUAACGAUACAACCCUGGUCCUAAAAGGGAAGGAGCAAGUGGAGACAGCCGGGAAAUUACUCGGGGAAUUCGCGGAGAUCUCGGGAUUAAAGCUACGCGAUGCUGAUUCUGCUGUCCCAUGCACAGAUUUACGCCCCGCCGCAUGA